AUGACGGGCCCGCCGUAUAACCCGGCGCAGUCGCCCUCACAACAGCCUCGCUAUCCCAUCUACUCCCCCCCCAACAAGGCCUCCUCCGCCCGCCCCUUCUAUCCCAAUAAUGAGCAGUAUCAGCAUCAGCAUCAGCAUCCGCCGCAGACGCCUCCGUCUUUUCCUCCACCGCCUCUCGCCCAGCAUAGUCCGCACUCAUACUCUUCUCACCAGUCGCCUUUACCUACCACUCUGCCCCCUUUGAACGGAAGCGCACCACUACCACCACCACCACCACCACAUCCAGACUCCGGAGUCGCUUCGCAAUAUCAUGCCUCUGCUGCACCGCCGCAGUUCCUCUCACGCCCUUAUUCCGCCUCGGUCCUGACUGGCAAUGGUGCGCCAGGUACCUACUCCUCGCACGCCCAUCCCGUUCAUCCGCAGUCGCCGAAGAAGGAUUCGGAGUCGGUCUUUGAUGCCAGAGGGAAUGGCGCGGGAUACUCGGGGCAGUCGAUUCUAAGGGAAUCCCGGCCUGCAUCGCCCCCGAAAGAGAGGCCUGCUAGAGCCGCAGACCCUAUGUCCUUUGCCAGUAUCCUUUCCACUCCGGCGGAAGAACGCUCCCCGAGACGUCCGUCACCCCCCCCUCAAGCGGUGACUUCUGCGCUGGCCGCUUUACCGACGCCCAGCACGGCCACAGUCAUCGCCCCGGCUCCUCAGGCUGUCCUUGUCGCGAGGAGUUCGCCGCCUCCGGCAUCAUACGUUGAUCACAGCAAGGUCAGGGAGCCGGAACCUCGUCCGAUCUCCCCGUUACCAAAACUCGAGAAGAAACCGAGUGUGGACAAGCGGAGGGCCGUUGGGGACCACGCCCCGGCCGCUCUGUCUGCAAAUGGCGUCUCCGAUCAUCAGCCGCCUGUCGUCAAGCCACGGAGGACCUUGUCCGAACGGGAACUAGAGGCUAUCAAUAAGAUCAUGAUCGAUAUCGACAAUGCGGAGAAAAGUGACGUCGAGGGGCCCGGUUUUGAAGAUGAGAUGGAACGCUAUUUGAUGAAGAACAAAAAGCGCACUCUGGUGGUCGACAAACAGGAAGCAUUACGACGGAAGCGACGUCGCCACGACUUCUUGACGAAACUGGGCAAAUCCUUUGAGAAGCAAGCAGCGACAGGUUCGGAUCGCUUCCGACUGCAGAAUGAGUCUAUCGUCAUCGCCGAUGUCCAAGCCAAGGAGAUCCAGGACGAGAAAGAGCGCAAGAAGGACAUGCAGCGCAAGCGGCGCCGAGAGAACACGGUCCGGCUGGAGAUGCAGAAGAAACUCGAUGCGGAACGAAAGGCGCAAAAGGCCCAGGAUUCGGCCGAGAAAGCCAAGUUCCUCCGCGAGGCAGAGCGCGCCCAGCGCAAGAUCAAAACGACCAAGCGUGCGCUCGAAGGUGGUGAUAGCCCCGACGAGAUCGGCGAGGUCACCCCGUUGGCACCCAACCUCGAGGGCGGCACGACCGGCUCCUUCCAUAUCAGCAAGAGCUCGCCCUCGCGCAGGAAGUCCGGACGGGGCGGCCCCGUCACCCGGCCCAAGAAGUCCAAGGAGCAGAAGCAGGCGGAGAAGGACCAGGCCGAGGCGGCAUAUCUCGCCAUGGAGAAGGAUGAGCCGCUCCCGCUGGCCCCGCGGGACGAUCCGCGCAAGGAGGCGCUCAAGAAGGAGGGCAAAGGUGGUGGUGGUGCUGGUGGUGGUGGUGCUGGUGCCGGUGCGCGCUCCAAGGAGUCCACGCCCACACCUCUCUCGGCCUUUGAGACCAAGGGCUACAAUCAGAUCUACGAGCAGAUCUGGCGCGACAUCGCCCGCAAAGAUAUCCCCAAGGUGUACCGGGUCAAGGUCCUGUCGCUCAGCACGCGCCAGGAGAACCUGCGCAAGACCGCCCAGCUGGCCAGCAAGCAGUCGCGCAAGUGGCAGGAGCGGACCAACAAGAGCAUGAAGGACACCCAGGCCCGGGCCAAGCGCACCAUGCGCGAGAUGAUGUCCUUCUGGAAGCGCAACGAGCGCGAGGAGCGCGACCUGCGCCGCCUGGCCGAGAAGCAGGAGCUCGAAUCGGCCAAGAAGGCCGAGGCCGAGCGCGAGGCCAACCGCCAGCGCCGCAAGCUCAACUUCCUCAUCUCCCAGACCGAGCUGUACUCGCACUUUAUCGGCCGCAAGAUCAAGACCGAAGAGGCCGAGGCCACGGGCGAGACCGUGGCCCAGCGGGGUAAGCCGCCGCAGGCGCACACCGUCGACCUGCCCGACAGCGUGGCGGACCUCCACACCAAGGUGACCAGCUUCGAGGAUCUCGACUUUGACGCCGAGGAUGAGACGGCCCUGCGCCAGGCGGCCAUGGCCAACGCCCAGAACGCCGUCAACGAGGCCCAGCAGCGCGCGCGCGCCUUCAACACCGACCAGGACCAGAUGGCCGCCUUUGACGAAGGGGAGAUGAACUUCCAGAACCCCACCAGCCUGGGCGAUAUCGAGAUCUCGCAGCCCAACAUGCUCACCGCGAAACUGAAGGAGUACCAGCUCAAGGGCCUCAACUGGCUGGUCAAUCUGUACGAGCAGGGCAUCAACGGCAUCCUGGCCGACGAGAUGGGUCUCGGCAAGACCAUCCAGUCCAUCUCCGUCAUGGCCUACCUGGCCGAGGUGCAUAACAUCUGGGGUCCCUUCCUCGUCAUCGCCCCGGCCUCCACCUUGCACAACUGGCAGCAGGAGAUCACCAAGUUCGUGCCGGACAUCAAGGUGCUCCCCUACUGGGGUUCCGCCAAGGACCGCAAGAUCCUCCGCAAGUUCUGGGACCGCAAGCACAUCACCUACACCAAGGAGUCCGAGUUCCACGUGCUCGUCACCUCCUACCAACUCGUCGUCCUGGACUCCCAGUACUUCCAAAAGGUGAAAUGGCAGUACAUGAUCCUGGACGAGGCGCAGGCCAUCAAGUCGUCCCAGAGUUCCCGCUGGAAGAACCUGCUGCAGUUCCACUGCCGCAACCGCCUGCUCCUGACGGGCACCCCCAUCCAGAACAACAUGCAAGAGCUGUGGGCUCUCCUCCACUUCAUCAUGCCCACCCUCUUCGAUUCCCACGACGAGUUCAGCGAGUGGUUUUCCAAGGACAUCGAGUCCCAUGCGCAGAGUAAUACAAAGCUCAACGAAGACCAGCUGCGCCGUCUGCAUAUGAUUCUGAAACCCUUCAUGCUGCGGCGUGUCAAGAAGCACGUCCAGCAGGAGCUCGGCGACAAGGUCGAGAAGGACAUCUUUUGCGACCUCACCUACCGCCAACGGGCCUACUACGCGAACCUGCGCAACCGCGUCAGCAUCAUGGAUCUCAUCGAGAAGGCGGCCAUCGGCGAUGAGGCAGACAGCACCACCCUGAUGAACCUGGUCAUGCAGUUCCGCAAGGUCUGCAACCACCCGGACCUGUUCGAGCGGGCCGAGACCAGGUCCCCCUUCUCCGUCGCUCAUUUUGCCGAAACGGCCUCCUUCCUGCGCGAAGGACCCAAAGUCGAUGUCGGCUACUCGACUCGCAGCCUGAUCGAGUACGAGGUGCCGCGUCUUCUCUUCCAGUCCGCCGGUCGUAUCGACAUCCCGGGGCCAAACAAUCUCACCGCGGGGUUCCGCGGCAAGUAUCUCCACCAGAUGAUGAACAUCUGGACGCCGGAGAACAUCAAACGCAGCGUCGAAGACAAUGCGGCCUUUUCCUUCCUACGGUUUGUAGACACAUCAAUCCAAGAGGCCUCGCAAGCCUCACGGCUCGGCGUGUUUGAGCGCGCGAUCGCCCGCCAUCAUCAACCUACCUCCUCCUCUAACCGCUUAUCCCGUCUCCGCGUGAUCUACGGCGAUGACGAUGACGAUGGUGGAAACAGUCACCUCCUGAAAUCUGCGCUGCCGCACUCGAUGCUCAACGUUGUCGAUCGCAAUGACCGACACGCCCUCCAGGAGAUCACCGGGGAGGGUUAUCUGCGCGAUCUGAUGACGGUCUCCCGAUCAGCCUUUGAGCGCCAGGGACUCGGCGUCAUCGAGCCCUGUGCAAGCCCCGCGGCUUCGGCACCGCCGGUGUCGAUAUCGUGCUCCGGUCAGGGCGCCCUCACGGAGACCCGGGACACGCUGUUCAACAUCUCGGUGCGGAACGCGCUGUACGGCACGCCGAGCAGCAAGCGGCUGGAGACCGAGAUCCUGGCCAAGCACAUGGACCCGGCUCCCUUCUGCCUCGCCCCGACGCUCCCGGCGCCCAUCUCGCGCAAGGGCCGGUACACGCAUAUCGAGGUGCCGUCGAUGCGGCGGUUUGUCACCGACUCCGGCAAGCUGGCCAAGCUGGACGAGCUGCUGCGGGAGCUCAAGGCGGGCGGUCACCGCGUGCUGCUGUACUUCCAGAUGACGCGCAUGAUUGACCUGAUGGAGGAGUACCUGACGUACCGCAAUUACAAGUACUGCCGGCUAGACGGCAGCACGAAGCUGGAGGACCGGCGCGACACGGUGGCGGACUUCCAGCAGCGGUCGGACAUCUUCGUCUUCCUGCUGUCGACGCGCGCGGGUGGGCUGGGGAUCAACCUGACGGCCGCGGACACGGUCAUCUUCUACGACUCGGACUGGAACCCGACGAUCGACUCGCAGGCCAUGGACCGUGCGCAUCGACUCGGCCAGACGCGCCAGGUGACGGUGUACCGGCUCAUCACGCGGGGCACGAUCGAGGAGCGGAUCCGCAAGCGUGCGCUCCAGAAGGAAGAGGUGCAGCGGGUGGUCAUCUCGGGCGGAGCGGCCGGCGGCGUCGACUUCAACACGCGCACGCGCGAAAGCCGCACCAAGGACAUUGCCAUGUGGCUGGCCGACGAUGAGCAGGCGGAGAUCCUUGAGCAAAAGGAGCGCGAGGCCCUCGACCGAGGCGAAGUCUUUGGCGCCGGCAAGCCGGGGAAGAAGGCCAGCCAGAAGCGCAAGCGUGAUGUCACCUUGGAUGAUAUGUAUCAUGAGGGUAUUUCUUCCUCCUCUUCCUCUUCUUCUUCCUCUUCUUCUUCUUCUUCUUCUUCUUCUUCUUCUUCUUUUCUAACUUUUAUAGGCGAAGGCAACUUUGACGACGCAAGCGCCAAACCAUCCGGAACAGCCACUCCAGUCUCUGCCGCGGACAACAUGGCGACCUCGUCGUCUGUGCCGGCGGCCAAACGAGGCCGUGGACGAGGACCCGGUAAGGGCACUUCGAAGCGCGCCAAAACCACCAAGGAGCGUCUGCGUCUGAUCGACGGCGAUGGCGGCCUGGCAGAUAACUGA